AGUGUGUGUCUGUCUCUCCGUGUGUUUUGGCCGCACUCUACUGUACACGACUCAAGACGAAAGGCGUCGGCAGACUACCGGGAAUUUAAGGAUUUUAAUGUCAGAAUGGGGGCUUGUUUGGCCUUGUGCUCUUUAGCCAGCUGUGCCUCUUGUCUGUGCGGCUCAGCACCAUGUCUCCUGUGCGGCUGCUGUCCCUCCUCCAACAACUCCACCAUCACCCGGCUGGUGUUUUCCUUCUUUCUGUUGCUGGGAACUAUGGUGUCUGUCAUCAUGAUCCUUCCUGGAAUGGAAACGCAGCUCCGCAAAAUUCCGGGAUUUUGCAAGGGAGGAACGACCAUACACAUUAUUGACAACCAGGUCAACUGCGAUGUCCUCGUGGGCUACAAGUCUGUGUACCGCAUGUGUUUUGCCAUGACCUGCUUUUUCUUUCUGUUCUGCGCCAUCAUGAUUCGCGUCCGUAGCAGCAGAGACCCACGUGCAGCUCUUCAAAAUGGGUUCUGGUUCUUUAAGUUUCUGAUCCUGAUCGGGAUUACAGUGGGAGCUUUUUUCAUCCCCGAUGGAACAUUUCACACUGUGUGGUUUUACUUUGGAUUGGUGGGAUCUUUCAUCUUCAUUCUUAUCCAGCUUAUUCUCCUCAUUGACUUCGCUCACUCCUGGAACAAGGUGUGGGUAGGAAAUGCUGAAAAUGGGGACAAUAAAUGCUGGUUUGCAGGGCUGCUGACUUUCACCUUCCUUCACUAUGCACUGGCCUUCGCCGCCGUGGUGCUUUUCUACGUUUACUACACGCAGCCCGACGACUGCACGGAACAUAAAGUCUUCAUCAGCCUCAACCUUAUCUUCUGUGUCAUCGUCUCGGUCGUCUCCAUUCUGCCAAAGGUUCAGGAAGCUCAGCCACACUCGGGUCUGCUCCAGGCUUCUCUCAUCUCCCUCUACACCAUGUAUGUCACUUGGUCUGCAAUGACCAACAACCCAAAUCGCAAGUGUAACCCCAGCCUGUUGAGUCUAGUGUCGUCUGUCAACACCACUCAAACGCCUGGCGACAGCUCUACAGAACCGGUGCAGUGGUGGGACGCUCAGGGCAUCGUCGGUUUGAUCAUCUUCCUCUUCUGUACUCUCUACGCCAGUAUCCGUUCAUCCAGUAACACCCAGGUGAACAAGCUGAUGCAGACGGAGGAGGGCCAGGGUUCAGGUGGAGAGGGGGUGGUGGGAGAAGACGGCAUACGCAGGGCCGUCGACAACGAGGAGGAGGGCGUCACCUACAGCUACUCCUUUUUCCACUUCCACCUGUGUCUGGCCUCCCUGUACAUCAUGAUGACUCUUACCAACUGGUACCAACCAGACACCACCACCCAGGCCAUGCAGAGCAGCAUGCCAGCUGUGUGGGUGAAGAUGAGCUCCAGCUGGCUGGGCCUCGGGCUCUACCUCUGGACCCUCGUCGCCCCUCUCAUGUUCCCUGACAGGGAUUUUAACUGAGCACGCCAUAUUUUUAGAGCAUUUUUUUUAUUUUAGUGUGUUAGGCAGUUUGAAGGAUGUUAUCAAAGGAUGAGAUAAUUCCCUUUCAUUUUCUUCUCUACAAUCGUUUUGAUUGCCUCCGCUGUUGUUGUUUUUGUGUUGCUUUACUUCUCGGUUUAUUGAGUGUAACAAUCAUUACAGAUGUUUAGACAGAGCUUAAGCCAUAGAAAGUUGUUUUAUUCGUCGAUAACUCACAUUGGCAGGCUACCCUCUACCCCCCCAGGCUGUGACAGUGUGAGCUCCCGAAUCUUUGUGCUCUAUCUUUUUUUGUUACUGAACUACACAAGAGGCUCGACAACAAGACACGUUUCUCAGUACGUCAGCUGUUUUCCUUUUACUUUCAGUCCUUUCAGGUCUGACCUUUCUGAUUGGAGGGGUCUGGAAUAGCCCUGAUUAGCUGGACGUCUCUUCAUCGGGGGGGCGACGAGGGGAGCCCCACUCGGGAGCCCCACUCGGGAGCCCCAGGGUGAGUUGAGUGUCAGAGCGAGAUAAGAGACUGAUAAGGGCACGCCCUGCAGACCAUAACAGGGUUUCCCUCUUGCUGCAUGCAAAAUCUACGUCAUUGCAUCUUGAGCCAGAGAGUCCUCGUAGAAAGACCGUAAUCUCAGCUCUUCCUUGUCCAACCUAAGCCAUCUCCGGUGCUAAGCUUUUUCCGUGUCUGACUGUUUUCUGCCUCGGAUGAUCACUGGAAACAAUCUUUACCUGUGUCUCAGUGUGUUCGCAGCAGCGAGACGUGUUUUGGUCCAUAGCACUUAGCAACAUGUACUGGGAUGAAAGGGUAAACUCCACACUGCCUGUAUUCUUAAAACAAUGCUACUAUUUCCACAUGGUCGCAGGCGGAUUUGUUGAGAAACAAAAGGGAUUUUAAUCUGUGCAAUGUAUGAAACAUUAACGAUGCAUUUCAGAAAUGAUGUUGCUGUUAAACGGUAUUGACUGUCAUAGUAAUUUGAAUCGUUGUAACGGUGGUACUGUACUUAUGCAUUAUAUAGUGAUUACCUCAAUUUCAAUAUGAGUUCAAAUGCGAUAAAUAUAUUUUGUACUUGUGAAAAAAAAACAAAAAACAAAAAAGUUUUUGGUACGAUCCUGAAAGUGUUUUUCUCUUGCGAACAUUUCACCGACCAUUAAUCAGAUGUCCUGUUCUCUGGCUGAAUAUGAAUAUCGUGAAUGGACUUUUUCAGAGUGUUCUGACAAAAUGAAUUUGGUUUCCAAUCUUUGUUUGUACGUUUGAUCUCACUCGGAAGAUUAGUUGACUCGCCAACGGUCGAUUGCAACUUAAUUAUUUUUUUUUCACACUAUGUUAUUAAGUGCCUUUUUGUAGUCCCGCGUUUCAAAAAAAGAACUCAUCACGGACGCCGAUGUGCUUGUUAUGCCUUGCAGUGUGGUGAGUCAGUCAUUGCAUGCCAUAAGGCACUGGGCUAAGCUAUGAAGGAAUAUUGUAAUUAAGGUAUGUACUCGGUUUUUAAUAAAAAUAUGAACUUACUCUCA